CUUUCUCUUUUUGCAGAAGAUUCAGGACAAAGUCCUUUUCUUCUUGACUUUUUCUUCCUAUUUGUUGUUUCAGAUGAAGAGGAAGCCUCCACGCCUAGUGCUGUGCCUCCAGGUGUGGGUAGUCGGGCCCUGGAAAGAAAAGAUUCAGAAUGGUCUCUUGGCGAAUCACCUGCUGGGGAAGAACAAGACAAGCAGAACGCCAAUUCCCAGCUAUCCACCCUCUUGGUGGAGAAGCCCCAAAGCGGAUCAGUGAAAGUUGGUGAGAAUAUCACCUUUAUAGCCAAAGUCAAGGCUGAAGACCUUCUUAGAAAACCCACCAUCAAAUGGUUCAAAGGGAAAUGGAUGGACCUGGCCAGCAAAGCUGGGAAGCACCUCCAGCUGAAGGAAACCUUCGAAAGGCACACUCGGAUGUACACAUUUGAGAUGCAGAUCAUCAAGGCCAAAGAGAACUAUGCAGGAAACUACAGAUGCGAGGUCACCUAUAAGGAUAAGUUUGACAGCUGCACAUUCGAUCUUGAAGUACACGAAUCUACUGGGACUACUCCAAACAUUGACAUCAGAUCUGCUUUCAAGAGAAGUGGAGAAGGUCAAGAGGAUGCAGGGGAACUUGACUUUAGUGGUCUCCUGAAACGUAGGGAGGUGAAGCAGCAGGAGGAAGAACCCGAGGUAGACGUGUGGGAGCUGCUGAAGAAUGCAAACCCCAACGAGUAUGAGAAGAUCGCCUUUCAGUACGGUAUCACCGACCUGCGUGGCAUGCUCAAGCGGCUCAAGCGCAUGCGCAGGGUGGAGAAGAAGAGCGCAGCUUUUGCAAAAAUUCUUGACCCUGCAUAUCAGGUUGAUAAAGGAGGCAGAGUAAGGUUUGCUGUGGAACUGGCAGACCCAAAGUUGGAGGUGAAAUGGUAUAAAAAUGGUCAAGAAAUUCGACCCAGUACAAAAUACAUCUUUGAACAUAAAGGAUGUGAAAGAAUCAUGUUUAUCAAUAACUGUUCACUGACUGAUGAUGCAGAGUAUUAUGUGACAGCUGGUGAUGAGAAAUGUUCCACCGAGCUCUUUGUGCGAGAACCUCCAAUUAUGGUAACCAAACAGCUGGAAGAUACGAAUGCUUACUGCGGGGAAAGAGUGGAAUUAGAAUGUGAGGUGUCGGAAGACGAUGCCAAUGUGAAAUGGUUUAAGAAUGGUGAAGAGAUUAUUCCUGGUCCAAGAUCAAGAUAUCGAAUUAAAGUUGACGGCAAAAAACAUAUUUUGAUCAUAGAGGGAGCAACAAAGGCUGACAGUGCAGAAUAUUCUGUAAUGACGACAGGAGGACAAUCAUCUGCUAAACUUAGUGUUGACUUGAAACCUCUGAAGAUUUUGACACCUCUGACUGAUCAAACUGUAAACCUUGGAAAAGAAAUCUGCUUGAAGUGUGAAAUCUCUGAACACAUACCAGGAAAAUGGACUAAAAAUGGCCUACCUGUUCAGGAAACUGACCGUCUAAAGGUUGUUCACAAAGGAAGAAUCCACAAGUUAGUGAUAGCCAAUGCUCUCCUUGAGGAUGAAGGUGAUUAUGUAUUUGCACCAGAUGCCUACUCGGUUACUUUGCCUGCCAAAGUUCGUGUUAUCGAUCCUCCUAAGAUCAUCCUGGAUGGUCUUGAUGCUGACAAUACAGUGACAGUAAUUGCAGGAAGCAAGCUUCGUCUUGAGAUUCCUGUCACUGGAGAACCACCUCCCAAAGCCCUUUGGAGCCGAGCGGAUAAGCAAGUGAUUGCAAGGGAAAUAACAAUAGUCUUCAAAGGAAAGAGAUUUCCAGAUAAGGUUAAUGCAAGAGCAAAGGACAAGAAGAAAGGAAGAAAUGAGCUUGAUGUGUUGAAGGAACAGAAAAAAAGCCAGAAUAAAGUUGUGGACAUCCCUGAUCCUCCAGUGGCACCAAGUGUGACAGAUGUGGGAGAUGAUUGGUGCAUCAUGAACUGGGAGCCUCCUGUCUAUGAUGGAGGGUCCCCAAUCUUAGGAUACUUUAUUGAGAGGAAAAAGAAACAAAGCUCCAGAUGGAUGAGGCUAAACUUUGAUCUCUGCAAAGAAACGACUUUUGAGCCCAAGAAGAUGAUUGAAGGUGUGGCCUAUGAGGUCCGCAUCUUUGCGGUCAAUGCCAUUGGCAUCUCCAAGCCCAGUAUGCCCUCCAAGCCUUUUGUUCCUUUGGCUGUAACCAGCCCUCCUACUCUUCUGACCGUUGACUCAGUAACUGACACCACUGUCACAAUGAAGUGGCGGCCCCCAGACCAGAUUGGUGCAGCAGGUUUAGAUGGCUAUGUGCUAGAGUAUUGCUUUGAAGGAAGUACAUCAGCAAAACAGUCUGAUGAAAAUGGGGAGGCUGCAUAUGACCUACCAGCUGACAAUUGGAUAGUGGCAAACACAGAACUGAUCGAAAAGACCAAGUUCACCAUCACAGGUCUGCCUACAGAUGCAAGGAUCUUUGUCCGUGUGAAGGCUGUGAACGCCGCGGGGGCCAGCGAGCCCAAAUACUACUCCCAGCCCAUCCUGGUGAAGGAAAUCAUUGAGCAGCCAAAGAUUCGCAUCCCAAGGCACCUGAAGCAAACCUAUAUCCGCAGAGUUGGAGAAGCCGUCAAUCUGGUUAUACCUUUCCAGGGAAAACCAAGGCCAGAAUUAACUUGGAAGAAAGAUGGUGCAGAAAUUGAUAAGAAUCAAAUAAACAUUCGCAACUCUGAGACUGAUACAAUCAUAUUUAUCAGAAAAGCAGAGAGGAGCCACUCUGGGAAAUACGAUCUGCAAGUCAAAGUGGAAAAAUUCGUGGAAACGGCUACAAUCGAUAUCCAGAUUGUUGAUCGUCCAGGUCCACCUCAACUGGUGAAGAUUGAGGAUGUCUGGGGAGAGAAUGUUGCUCUAUCGUGGAUACCACCAAAGGAUGAUGGAAAUGCAGCCAUCACAGGGUACACAAUCCAGAAGGCUGAUAAGAAGAGCAUGGAAUGGUUCACUGUCAUUGAGCAUUACCACCGAACCAAUGCCACCAUUACUGAACUGGUCAUAGGAAAUGAAUAUUAUUUCCGGGUCUUUGCUGAGAACAUGUGUGGCCUCAGUGAGGAUGCAACGAUGACUAAGGAGAGCGCUGUGAUUGCCAAGGAUGGUAAAAUCUACAAAAAUCCAGUGUAUGAAGAUUUCGAUUUCACGGAAGCACCUAUGUUUACUCAGCCUUUGGUUAACACCUAUGCUGUGGCUGGUUACAAUGCCACCCUGAACUGCAGCGUGAGAGGAAACCCUAAGCCCAAAAUAACCUGGAUGAAAAACAAAGUUGCUAUUGUGGAUGACCCAAGAUACAGGAUGUUCAGCAACCAAGGGGUCUGUACUCUGGAGAUUCGCAAACCCAGCCCCUAUGAUGGAGGCAUUUACUGCUGCAAAGCUGUCAAUGACCUUGGGACAGUGGAGAUCGAAUGCAAACUGGAGGUGAAAGUGAUAUAUCAAGGAGUAGAUACCCCUGGACAACCAAUCUUCCUGGAGGGGCAGCAACAGGUGGCCUUUCCUUCUGCAGGCUCCUCUUGCAAGGCGUACCUCCUAACAUAAUUGAUUCAUAUUUGCGAGACUUGCAAUCAAGCAACCCUGAGGAAUACUAAGGCCCUGGGCCCUGCCUCCCUACACUCCAUGCUUUGAAAUCUGGUUGCAAUGAGAAAGCAUUUUCUGUUUUUCCACCAGUACCCAAGUGUGGUUGUUUUCUUUCCUCCUGAUGUUGAAGAAAAAAAAAAACGUGUCUGCACGGAUUGCUUAAUUAAAAAUGGCAUACAAAAUUUUA